UGUUUACGUCGAGCCGGCCAACAACUAACAGUCGUGAAACCCUCAUGGCUAGGAGAGAGGUAACGCUAUGCCUCAGGUACCCAGGUUCAUCGCAAGCCCUUCAGCGGCUGCAGCAGAGCUACCUCGAGUGCGUGGUGGAAUACAAGUCGGGUAGCGAGGCCGAGCUGCAGUCGAAACUACCGGCCGAUCUGUUCUCCAAGUACCAGCUGAAGGGAGCGAUCACGGUCGCCGACGACGAGAUUGUGAUACAGUUCACCCCCCGACACUCGGGCGUCCACUGCGCGCGUCUGUUUUCGGACACGCGCGAGGUUUGUCGUCCGGUGCCCUUCGUCGUGACGCAGAGCGGAGAAACGGUCAGUAUCCAGCCCGAUAGACCCGUCCGAAGGCCCCCGUCGUGGGAACCUACUCCCGCUCCAGAGCUAAUACACACACCGGCUUUUUACGGGCUCAACAAUCCCCGUUUCCCGCCCGCUGCGUCCAAGCAGAGCGUUACGUCGGACGCUACCACCGCAGCGCAAACAGAGCUACCCCGACACGAGCCAGAAGACAGCGUGGAUCACGUACGCGGCUACACGUCGGACGACCCGGAGCUAGCCGCACCGGAAGGAAAACGGCUCUUCGUCGGGGGAUUUUCUCCGGCGCAGCGGACGAGCUUCGUGGCGGGUGGGACACGCCCACAUUCGGCGAUGGUUCCCGACCCUGGUCGCUUUAUAUCUCCUGCUUCUCCGCAACACCAAUCGCUAAACUUUGGCGAGAUCUAUUCAACGAAGAAAGCCCGCGGCCGAGCCUACGGAAGCCGCAGAGGUCCGCUCAGCAUCGACUACCAGUCCAUGCUCACGACGGAGACAAUGCGCAUGCUCAGCAAGGAAGCCGACAUGCAGAUGAAGAUCUUUCGCGGAGGGAAAGUAAAGAAAAGGUGUGAUAUAUGCUCUAAGAAGGUGAAGCUGACUAAAGUGGUAUCUCUUGGGGAAGAGGAAUAUUGUGACAACUGUUUCCGCCGACAGUAUCUCCUCUCGCAGUGCCAUUGACCACUUUAUGGUUCCAUGUGUGCAAGAGUGCAGUGUUCAAGUACCAAUCAACAGGAGGGCAACAAAGUUCAUAACGGCGAGAAAGACGAUUGUAAAUGUCAAUCUAAGAGGUUUGGAGCCAAAUGAUGUUCGAAAUGCCCACGAAGAAUUCAGCAAGUUUGACAUGGAGAAUAACGGUUGGAUACAGAGAGGUGUCCUAAUGCCAGUGCUGAAAGCAUGCCUCAGUCUCUCCGGAGCUCUUGACAAAGAGGCAAAGUUCCUUCUCGGCAGCCAGGCCCUUCAGUCCAUGGUAUCAUCUUAUGGACUGGAUGAGCGUGCGGAGGUCCACGAGAUUGAAUUUCUCAGUCUCUUUGCCUUUCUUGCGAGAGAGAGGGAGCGACUGCGGUUGACCGCCAACCCAAGAGCCGGGAGCGUCUUCACCAGAAACGACCUCGAAAUGGCCUACGCCUACCGUCAACAGAUGUUCGGAGGUGCAUCAAAAGGUGUGGGCGGAGUAGGUCACCAUGGAAACCAAGGGGUGGGACAGCCGGGUUGGGAAGGUUCGUUUCCCUCCCAGCAGCAACAAGGAGGAGGAGGCUACUAUCUCCGAAACAGUCCAACACAGGAUUCGUUCAAUCAACAGGGCUACUCUUCCAUCUCGCCUUCCCCCAGCAACAUGGCCAUCGUUCAGACAUCUUCUCCGCAGCGUCGACAGGUGGGCGGCGGUUAUCCUGAGUCGAUGCAGCCGUUCCCCAGAGAACAGAGGCAAAGUGUGGCUAGCAGCAGUCAGUACAUUCCUCUGGGAGACCGGAUUGCUGCCAGGAGGGAAGCUGCAAAGAGACUGAGUGUGGUAAGUAGUGGCGGUGGACCUGAACGGGCAGAAGAAGACCAGGAUGAAGAUGAGACUACUCUCAUCCUGCCUCCAGACAAGGACCCUGCCACCCAGCACAGAACAAAUUCCCUCAUCGGCAAGAAUUCCCCCAACAAACAACAGAUGGAAGAUGUGAAUAAAGAGUUAAAACUGACCGGAGGGGAGGCAGACAGUUGGAUGCUUUAUUGAAACCACACCCCCCACUUAACUCGCAUGCACAUACAUACAUAAAUACAAGUACACACCUUUUUGCACGACACUUUUUCGUACGUUUGUGCCACAUGAUUAUUCUUCACUCAACACUUUUUGCACAACAAAAUGUCGUACGUUUGCCUCACAAUAAAUAUA